AAGGAUAUUGGGUGUGGGCAAGGGUGUUUCAUGUUAUUACAUGAAGUGGGGUGGUGUUCCCCAUGUUAUAACAUGAUGUUAAGAUGAGAGAUAGAGAGAAAAAGUGGAAAAAAUGAUUUGCUUUGGUGUUAUCUGCCGUUCCCGUUACCACAUCCUAAUAACACAAAAUCUAAUAACACCAAGCUGGGCGAUGUUCCACUGCGUUUUUAGGUGUUUUUAGAUAAUAAUGUGAGUGGACGUUGCCUAGUCCUAGUAGUCUAAAGUUGAUUUCAAGUUAUACACAAAAUAAGCAUAACCAUAAACAUGUAUAUAGGGUUGGUGAGGAGGUAGGGCGUGCCACAACCCCACAUUUGUGCAAACUAAAGUUCUGCAGUCGCCCACUUUCACUCCAUAUAAGUAUGGGAACGCAGGACCAUAAAAUCAAACUCAUUGAUUAAAACAUGAUGGCGUCUCUUCUAAAUUCAUCUGUCUUUCUCGUCAUUCUAACUCUCUGCUUCUCUGUUUCCCGGGCUACCUUAUCUUCCAUUCUUGAAGUUACACCAGGUUCUGAAGAUUUCAUCAGCUGCAUAGAAUCCAACUCCAACAAUUUCACUUCUGACUCUCAACUCAUUUUCACCCCUGUCAAUGCUUCUUUCCUACCCAUUUGGCAAGUUGCAGUCCAAAACACUAGGUUCCUUAAACCUUCCACUCGAAAACCAUCGGUCAUUGUGACACCUAUGAAUGAAACACUCAUCCAAACAGCUCUCUAUUGUGCCAAGAAACAUGGCUACGAGAUCAGGAUCAGGAGUGGUGGUCAUGACUUUGAGGCCCUCUCGUACACAGCUGAUGUGCCGUUUGUUAUGAUUGAUUUCACCAACAUGAGGUCUAUAGAUGUGGAUGUAGCAAACAGCACCGUGUGGGUCCAGGCAGGCGCUACGCUUGGUGAACUCUAUUAUGCUAUUUUGAAGAAAACCGACACCUUGUAUUUCCCUGGAGGUAUUUGUCCCACGGUGGGUGUUGGCGGGUACAUAGGCGGUGGUGGCUAUGGAAACCUAUUGAGGAAAUACGGUCUUGCUGCUGAUAAUGCUUUGGAUGUUCGCUUCAUGGAUGUAAAUGGAAAAAUUCUCAACAGGAAGAUGAUGGGUGAAAAUUUGUUUUGGGCGAUUCGAGGAGGUGGUGCUUCCAGUUUUGGAAUUGUUCUUGCAUGGAAACUGAGGUUGGUUCCGGUUCCAGAAAAAGUAACCGUCUUUCUUCUGAACAAAACUUUGGAAGAAGGUGUAACCAAAAUUUUCUAUAAAUAUCAAUACGUUGCUCCAACUUUUGAUAGAAAUUUGCACAUAAGAACUCAGGUGUUUAGCGAAUAUAUCGGCAACAGUGCCAAGAAAACCAUCCGAAUUUUGUUUGAAGGAAUCUAUCAGGGCCCAAGUGAUGCAUUGCUUCUAUAUUUGGACGAACAUUUUCCUGAGCUCGGUGUCACAAAAGAGAUCUGUGAAGAAAUGACUAGCGUCCGGUCGACACUUGUGUUUUGGGGCUUGCCAAGCUCCACCCCGAUCGAGAUUCUCACGAACCGAUCUGCCAUAACCAAGCUGAAAUUCAAAGGUAAAUCAGACUAUGUCCGAACACCAAUCCCCAUAAAAGGGCUUAGAAAGAUCUGGAGUCAAGUUAUGGAAAACGACGGAUCAGGGCUUUUGAUGAUAAAUCCUUUUGGCGGACGGAUGAAUGAUUACUCAGAGACAGCAAUUCCAUAUCCUCAUAGAGUUGGGGUGCUGUUACAGGUCUUCAAGUCUGUAUAUUUUGAUGGUCAAACGUCAGACACAACCCCUACAUCGCUCUCAAGGUUAGCUUGGCUGCAAAGCUUGGAAGAGUUAUUGACCCCUUAUGUGUCAAAACACCCGAGAGAGGCCUAUUUCAACUACAAUGAUCUUGAGUUCGGUGUUGGAAAUGCUAAUUAUGAGGAAGCAAGUGUUUGGGGUGAGAGGUACUGGAAGAGGGACAAUUUCAAGAAGUUAAUUCGAAUCAAGGCCAAAGUUGAUCCACAUAAUUUCUUUAGGCACCCACAAAGUAUCCCAGUUUUCUCAUCACCUCUCUCAAGUUUCAACUAAGUAAAGCUCUUCUAUUAAAGAAAGAUCCAAAGUAUCGAUUUAGGUUUCGGUUUUCUCUUGAAUAAACUAUCAACAAGUCUUUUGUCAUUAUCUUUCUUUUUCUACCUUAUGUUUGAGAUAAAUAUAUAAACCUUCAGUAAACAAAAAAAAAAAAUGGUCCCUCUAUUUCCCAA